AUGUCUUCAAAUCUUUCUGGUAAAGUGAUCCUCCUCACCGGCGCGGCGAGCGGUAUUGGACGGGGUACGGCAAUUAAAUUAAAUAGCCUGGGUGCUAUUCUCGCCAUUACGGAUGUCAAUGAGCCUGCACUAGCUGAGACCCUCACACUCUGUUCCGGCGGUAGCAAUUCAGAGCAUCACACUAUUCAUACCCUUGAUGUAUCCAACUCCACCGACGUGGAAGAACGCGUAGCCCAAGUCGUGACUAAGUACGGGCACAUUGAUCACGUAUUCAACUGUGCCGGCGUCAACCCAACCGCCAUGUCCCUGACGGAAACAAGCGAGGCGUAUUUCGACAAGCUCAUUAGUGUCAAUCUAAAAGGCAUGUUCAACGUGACUAAAGCUACUAUUCCGCACAUGACAGCCCCGGGUGGCAGCUACGUCAACGUAAGUUCUAUCUCCGGAUGGAAUCCCGACGCGGGAACAGCCGUGUAUUGCGCGACCAAGUUCGGUGUCAUCGGCUUUAGUAAGUGUAUGGCGCUUGAACUAGGACCAAAAGGCAUCCGAGUGAAUAUUGUCGCGCCGGGAUACAUUAACACUCCGACAAAUGCGGGAAUCGUUAGGGGGACGCUCGAGGCAAGACAACGUAUGGAGCAAGGUAAUGCUCUGGGAAGGAUGGGUACGCCGGAGGAUAUUGCAGGCGUUGUCGCCUUCUUGAUGAGUGAAGAGGCUAGAUAUAUGAAUGGCAGUGUAGUCGGGGUUGACGGAAUGCUGAUAACGUGA